UCCUCCCUGGUGUCUGCAGCCCGGUGAUCACUCACAGCACACUGCUCUCACUGUUGGCACAGUACGCGCUGCCGCUGCCGCUGCCGGGAAUCCUCAGCUCGUGGCGUAGUAGUGACGUCAGGCGGUCACGUGCCCCGCCGCCGCAGCAGCCUCCCUCCUCCGGCCUCCGGAGUAUGUCAGUGCGGUCCAAGAUGGCGGCGGCAGAGGUCAGCUGGACGCGAGAGAGCCGGCACUGAAGUGCGGGGCGCACAGACACACGGGCUGCGGGAGGGAGCCGGGAGACAGCACCGGAGGCCAGGGAAGGCUGCUGAGUGUCACUGAGGAAGAGGAGGGAGCGAGCGACACGGAGGAGGACAAGGAGGAGGGCAAGAGGCGCGGGGGGCCGUCCGGGGCCAUGUUCUCGGUACUGUCAUACGGCCGGUUGGUUGCCAGAGCGGUGCUCGGUGGCCUCUCCCAGACGGAUUCCCGGGACUACAGCCUAGUGACCGCCAGCUGCGGCUUCGGGAAAGAUGCCAGGAAGGGAAUCCUGAAGAAGGGCAUGUGCUACGGGGACGACGCGUGCUUCGUUGCCCGGCACCGGACGGCAGAUGUCCUGGGUGUGGCUGAUGGAGUGGGUGGAUGGAGAGACUAUGGAGUUGACCCUUCUCAGUUUUCAGAGACUCUUAUGCGUACUUGUGAGCGUUUGGUUAAAGAAGGACGGUUUAUGCCAACCAACCCUGUUGGGAUCCUCACCUCAAGUUACUGUGAACUUCUUCAGAACAAAGUACCUUUACUAGGAAGCAGCACGGCCUGCUUAGUCGUUCUGGAUAGGACAAGUCAUCGUUUACACACAGCAAAUCUAGGAGAUUCUGGUUUUCUUGUGGUAAGGGCAGGAGAAGUUGUGCAUCGAUCAGACGAACAGCAACAUUACUUCAACACUCCAUUCCAGUUGUCAAUCGCGCCUCCUGAAGCUGAAGGUGUAGUUCUUAGUGAUAGUCCUGAUGCUGCAGACAGUAGUUCAUUUGAUGUUCAACUGGGUGACAUUAUUCUUACAGCAACUGAUGGACUUUUUGAUAACAUGCCUGAUUAUAUGAUACUUCAAGAAUUAAAAAAGUUAAAGAAUGCGAAUUAUGAAAGUAUACAGCAGACAGCACGUAGUAUUGCAGAGCAAGCUCACGAUCUCGCCUACGAUCCCAAUUACAUGUCACCAUUUGCACAAUUUGCAUGUGACUAUGGGCUAAAUGUCAGAGGAGGAAAACCAGAUGACAUCACUGUUCUUCUUUCAAUUGUAGCCGAAUAUACAGACUGAAAUGCCUGAACAUCUGCUACAAAUUUAGAUUUUUUUAUUCCUUUACAGCCCUUGGACUGCUAUUUUGCACUGUAUCCUGCUGGCAGGACUGCAAUUUAUUUUCAACAGAUUUCAUUGGCCUGUUAGGAAAGAAGCAGAACUUUGUAUAUGGACAUCUGAGGACAUUGUAGAAACCACUACUGUCUGUUGGUUGAGGUAUCUCUUACAAAAAGGAAUUGCCUCAAAUGAUAUAACUUAUUUUAGUCCCUGGAACGUCCUAUAAAACAGCAAGCUGUAUUCUGACAAAAUCGUUGUUUUGUUCACGUAAUUUAUAGUUUGCUGUAAAACUACAUUGGGUGCUUUAUACAGAAUUGUGAUGCACUUUUGAUUUCCGGUAAUCGGUUUUAGCAAAAAAAAAAGCACACUUAUAAACCCCAAAAGUUACAAUUUGUAAGAAUAUUACACCGGUGGUAUUUAGACCAUUUCAAGUCUAGUCCAUUUUAAUUUGGCCACCAUUGUAUAUCGCAUAACCUCAGCUAGAAGUCUUUUAUAUAAUGAACUGCUGUAUAAUACAAGUUUAAGACAUGGGAGUUCCUUCCAGUGUUUAUCUGUUAUUUCUAAGGAUCCUUAACUUAAAGCCAUGUUUAUAUAUAUAUAUAUAUAUAUAUAUAUAUAUAUAUAUAUAUAUAUAUAUAUAUAUAUAUAUAUAUAUAUAAUGUUAUAUACAGGUGUGUAUAUAAUGUAUAUUCCGGGUAACAUGUAGUGACAAUGCAGUGAAAUUGUAUAAGUCACAAAUAUUUUUGGGGUAAGUUGUUCUAUAUGAUUCUAUUCGGGCUUAUUCGAUUCCAAACAAAAAAAAUCUUCUCAAAAAUAUUUUGACACUGAUUUCAUUGUAUUAUGUGUGGUGUUUAAUGUUACCUCAUAUUGUACUUUUCUUUAUGCAUUUGUGAUAUUGUACUGUAUAUUUGUGUACUUAUGUUGAGCUUUUAUUUAAAUAUUUUUUUUAACAUGUACCAUGUACAUGUCAUAACAAUAGUACAUCAUGCUUGUAACAGGCAUUUGAUUCUCAAUGAUAAUGAGGUUAUUCAUGUGUAAGCAGUCUAGAAAUGUAUGUUCUCUCUAAUGUGGUAUGUUGUCUGUGCGAAGUCACCUGGACUGACUUCUAUUAUUGCCUUAACUGCCCAAAACUUGACAAAGCAGGAAAACCAGCAUAUGGAUUCCCAGAACACAUGGAUAUACGACGUGGCCAUUUCGUUUGUUUGCAUCAAGCCUUAUUAUUCCGAUUUGCAUUAUUUCCUCCUCACAAGAAAACUUUGUUUCCUUUCCAUUUGUGUAUGUUCUCCUUUAUUCUCCCACUGAUUGUAGAGAUCAUUGCAUCGCUUUAUCCUGUAGAAUCUGCAAUUUUAGCGGUACAUUUACUAAGAUGGGAGUUCUAUUUAAGAUGGGAUGUUGCCUUAUUAUCUUCUAGAAGGUGCUAGAUAAAUGAGAAGUAGAAUCUGAUUAGUUGCUAUGAGCAACAUCCCAUCUUAAAUAGAACUCCCACUUCAGUAAAUUUUUAGUGUGAUCUGGUUGAGAAACUCAAGGAUGAGAAAGAUGUAUGCUGAACGAAGUCUCCUGAUUAUACUUACAUAACAUUUUUAUUCUACACCGUCAUGGCUCAUUUUGUGGCAUACUUCUGUAUUAAGAGGGGGAAAUAUAAACCUAAUAUUUUUCUUUUGA